AUGUUUUAUACGGGCUAAUAAAAAAUGGGAAAGCAAAGUAAAACACUGAUAUACUAAAUAAUCCUAUAAAACUAUAGGUUUCUCUUAUCUUCUAACCAUAAGCCUCUAAUCCCCCCUCCUUUAAUAUAUAAAUAUGAAGAAAAAAAAAAAAAAUGUUUCUGUCUCUAUUUUUUAUGCGAAAAUGAUAGCAUUAAAAAUAUAAUUAUGAAAAUAUUUAGUGAAGCAAUUAGCAAACAGUUAAUUGAUAUUAUCGAUUAUCUGUUUAGUUAGACUACCUUAUGUAAUUAGGAUAAAUAAAAAUUUAGGUCAUGGAUGAUUUUUACUAAUUUAAUUUUAAAAGUUAAAUGCUUUAUCCUAAGAUUUAAAUUUCCAUAGUAAAUUUGCUUGUUUUAUGUCUUUUUUAACUAUGCAAAGAGGGAUAAUGAUGCCAAAAAUUUAACGAUUUUUUGA